AUGCAUCGAAAAGUUGCCAUCUUUUUGUUUGCGAUCAUUGUGAUUGCUAAUUCACCAACUUCAUGUAUUGCUAGUAGAUCACUAGUACUAGAUGGUGAUGAUGCAACACCAACUUCAAAUACUUUCUAUGCCUCUGAGUAUGCCCCCACCGAUGAUGAUGAUGAUGACUCACAAUUAAAGGAGGCCUUCGUCCCAGAAGCAUGGGGAUCUCGACCAAUGAAGACAUUCGAUGUUGGGAAUAAUAACGCCAAGACACAAGAUGAUUCGCAUCAAGCCUUCCUAGAAGCAAUGGGAUCGCAAGCAAAUACUUUCAAUGUGAUUGAUUAUGGUGCUGUUGGGAAUGGCCAAGUUGAUGAUUCAAUUAUACAAGGAAGUAUUAUUGCUCCAAAUAACAUUGGUGCAUGGAAAAACAAGGACAAAUGGAUUCAGUUUGCGAAUGUGCCCGGUCUUAUGAUAAACGGCGGAGGUCGAAUAGAUGGCAACGGUGCCGGUUGGUGGAAAUUAUGCGGGAACAAGAAAUCACACUGCCAGCGACCAACUAGUCUCCACAUCCACAAAUGUGAUGGUUUCCAGCUGAGUCGCCUCACAUUCUUGAACAGCCCCAAGAAUCAUAUAAGCAUCAACAGCUGCAAUGGUGGCCGGGUUUUCGGACUCUUAAUUAGUGCUCCGAAAGAAAGCCCUAACACUGAUGGAAUUGAUAUUUCUUCAUCCACCAAACUUACCAUUCACACUUCUCUUAUUGCAACUGGCGAUGACUGUAUUGCCAUCAAUAGUGGUUCAUCUUUUAUCAAUAUUAAUGGUGUUAAAUGUGGACCAGGCCAUGGUAUUAGUAUUGGAAGUCUUGGUCAAAAUGGAGAACAUAGUGCAGUGGAAGAGAUUCAAGUAAGCAAUUGCAGCUUCAGAGGCACCCAAAAUGGAAUGAGAAUCAAGACAUGGGAAGGCGGCUCAGGAUAUGCGAGGAAGAUCACCUUUGAGGGAAUUACGUUUACAGACAUUGAGAACCCAAUCAUUAUAGACCAGCGCUAUUUUGCUAAUCCUACUUCAGUAAUGGACAUAAACAAGUGCGUACAAGUGAGCGAUGUGACAUUCCGUAACAUUGGUGGAUCUUCCGGUGUUCCGCAAGCAAUUACAUUGGACUGUGGACAGAAUUGCUGCACCAACAUUAUAAUGGAUAACGUCAAUAUAAGAUCGGGUGUUCCAAACAAGGAUGUUUAUGCCUACUGCAACAAUGCCCAGGGCACCUCUUCCUUCUCCACGCCUUACGUCCCCUGCCUUUCCCAUUAG